AUGCAGUUUCUAUCAGUUGAUCGUUUGAUUUUUUCCUUCAAUUUAUUGCCUUGUUUAUUUCAAUUGACAUUGUAUAUUACGAUUAAUCGAUCUGAAUCGUGUUUAUUAUCCAAUAUUUCCUACUCAAUCUGUUCUUCUACUGAUACAAAUCUAGUAUUUGAAUCAAAAUCAGUUUUCGGAAACGAAUUUAUUACUGAAUGUGAUAAACAUUUUAUUGAAAAAAUUCUUGAUAAAUCUUGUCCUAGCUUUUCAAUUGAUUCUACUCGACGUAAACUAUUGACCACAGCUGAACGUUAUGGCUAUGCAUUUUUAGCCGUGUUUAUCAUAUCAAUUUUAUCGGUUCUUGGUCUACUCGCUCUUCCUCUUCUAUAUAGUUUAUCGUUUAAAUAUGUUGUUAACCUAUUUACUGCGCUGGCUAUCGGGACGCUGUUUGGUGAUACAAUGUUUCAUUUAAUUCCUUUCGCACUUGGUGUUCAUAAUCAUAGUAGACAUGAUGAACAAACACAUAGUAUCGUUUCCAUACCUGAUUAUACAUGGAAAAUGUUAUUAAGCGUAUCGAUUUCUCAUAGUCAUACAUCACUGAUUAAUCCUAAACAAUUACUAGGAAAUGAAGAAAAUUUGGAGGUUACAGCAAUUAAAAUUGACACCAAAUUGGAGAACAGCCAUCGUUUGCAUACACAGAUGCAUCAUAGUUCUCAUCAAAACAUACCAGAUGAACUCAAUAGAAAAUCAAUUGCAAAUCAACUCAACGAAACUAAUAAGAGCAACCCGAAUGCAUGUGCCUCAUGUGUUCAGUUACAUGAUAACUUGCCGAAAAGUUCAAUAGUUUCUCAUGGUUUUAAAAAAUAUUCAUCGAAAACGAAUCGAUAUAAACCAGUACCUGCCGUUGUUAUACACGAGUUCAAUGAUAGCAGUGAAUCGAAGAAUACCGACGCAUGUAUUGAAAAAUCAAUAGAGACUACUACAAUUGGUUGGUUGGUAUUAGUUGGUGAUACUAUACAUAAUUUUGCUGAUGGUCUUGCCAUAGGCGCAGCAUUUAGUCAAGACUUUAUUUUAGGUAUAACAACAACAUUUACUAUUGGCUUGCAUGAAUUACCGCAUGAAUUUGGUGAUUAUGCUAUUUUAAUACGAUCAGGAUUUUCACAUUCUCGAGCCAUUUUUUUGAAUUGUGUUACUGCAACAACUGCUUUUAUUGGAUGUUUGAUUGGUGUUACACUAUCAAGUAAUGAUCAUAUUCGCCAAUGGAUAUUUUCAAUUACUAUCGGCAUGUUUAUCUAUAUUUCACUUGUUGAUCUUUUACCAACUUUAGUAGCUGAUAGUCAAAAUGACUUAAAAUGUUUUAUUCUUGUGAAUAUUGGAAUGAUAGUUGGUAUUGUGAUUAUGUUUUUAUUAGCAUUAUUUGAAGAUAGUCUAAUUCGAUCAUCACAUUGA